GCACCAAAUUAAUUCUUAAUUUUGUUAAAUGUUCUCAAAUAGAUGGCUGAUAGAAUCAAAUGACCUCUUUUAAAAUAUUUAAGAUCUAUUUGAGAGAGUGCUUUACGAGUAACAAGGAGAAAGAUUGUGUACACACAGUAUACAGUUCAGUUCAGAGUGAGAGGGAAAAUGGCUCAGGCUUACCCUCUCUGUUCUUCCCCUUUUUCUUAUGCUUUGUCUGAUUUAACCAUUCGCAUCUCAUCUCAUUAUUCUUUCAUCAAUUACAAACUUCCCAAUUUUCAUCAUACAUCUCGUAAAUUCGAUACCUUCUUCUCCUUCCAACCUCUCAAUUCUCUUCAACAUGAAAAUCAAAACCCAGAUACAAAGUCCUCAACUUUAUCCAAAACCAAAAAAUGGGUCAAUCCCAAAACCCUUCAAGCCAAAAGAAUUUGGAAGAAAUCAUACGCCGUUGUUUCAUCUCUCGCCAAAUUACCCAAAUCUAUUCACGAACAACAAGUUUCUGAAGUCUUGGAUGCUUUAGGAGACAAUGUUACAGACCGUGAUGCUGAAUUCAUUCUCCAUAACAUAGCCAACCCAAAAACCGCAAUUCUUGCUCUUAAAUACUUCCAACUCAAGAUUCAAAUUGAACCUGAAAGGCAUGUUGUUUUCUACAACGUGGUGUUUAAGCUGUUUAGGGAAGUUAAGGAUUUUGCAAAUGCAGAGCAACUGUUUGAUGAAAUGCUUCAAAGAGGUGUCAAGCCUGAUAUCCUUACGUUUUCAACUUUGAUUAGAUGUGCUGCAGUUUGUUCUUUGCCACAUAAAGCUGUGGAGUUGUUUGAGAGGAUGCCUUCUUUCGGGUGCGAACCCGAUCAUAAUGUGGCCUCGUCCAUGAUUUAUGUUUAUGCUCGAACUGGUAAUGUUGAUAUGGCUUUGCAAUUAUAUGAUCGCGCAAAAAAUGAGAAAUGGCUUGUUAGGACAGUGGCAUUCUCUUCUUUGAUUAAGAUGCAUGGUAUGUUGGGAAACUAUGAUGGAUGCUUAAAUGUUUAUAAUGAUAUGAAGGUUCUUGGUGUUAGGCCUAACAUGGUAAUGUAUAAUGCUUUGUUGUAUGCAAUGGGGAGAGCUAAGAGGGGAAGGGAUGCUAAAGGUAUAUAUCAGGAGAUGAGAAAUAAUGGAUUUUCACCAAAUUGGGCAACCUAUUCAGCUCUCUUGGAAGCUUAUUCUAGAGCACGGUUAAGUAAAGAAGCUUUGAGUGUGUAUAAGGAAAUGAAGGAAAAAGGGAUGACUAUGAAUAAAGUUCUUUAUGGUAUGCUUCUUGACAUGUGUGCUGAUGUUGGCUAUGCAGAAGAAGCUGUUGAAUUAUUUGAAGAAAUGAAGCGUUCCGAGACUUGCCAGCCUGACAAUUUCAUAUACUCGUCAUUGAUUAACAUGUACUCGUGUAGUGGGAAUGUUCUGGAGGCGGAAGCAAUGUUGAAUGAAAUGAUCAGCCGUGGUUUGGAGCCUAAUAUUUUGGUUCUCACAAUGUUUGUUCAUUGCUAUGGAAAAGCCAAACGGCCGGAUGAUGUUGUGAAUAUAUUUAAUCGAUUUUGGGAUUUGGGCAUCACUCCUGAUGAUCGGUUGUGUGAUUGUCUUUUGUAUGUCAUGACCCAAAUACCAAAAGAAGAGUUUGGUAAGAUAACAAAUUGCAUUGAGAAGGCUAACCCAAAGCUUAGUUAUGUCGUGACUCAUUUGAUAGAAGAGAGGGAAGGUGAUGGAGAUUUUAGGAAGGAAGCAUCAGAACUGUUAAGUUCAGCCAAUGAUGAUGUAAAGAAGUCUAUGUGCAAUAGUCUAAUUGAUCUUUGUGUCAACCUAGGUUUGCAAGACAGAGCUUGCAAACUUCUUGACUUGGGAUCGACACUUGAGAUAUAUAGCGAUAUACAAUCGAGAACUGAAAAUAAGUGGUGUUUGAACCUUAAAAAACUCUCAGUUGGAGCUGCUAUGACUGCAUUACAUGUUUGGAUAGAUGACUUGUCUAAGGCUUUUGAGUCAGGUGAAGAGGUUCCACGAGUACUUGGAAUUUGUACCGUCUCUUGGAGACACAAGCGUUCGGAUAAAGACUUGGCUAGUGUAUUUGAAUCAUAUUUGAAGGAACUUGGUGCUCCUUUUCAUAAGGCUACUAAUAUGGUUGGCUGGUUUUUUACUACAAACCAAGAAGCCAAGUCAUGGCUACAUUCUAGAGAUUCAACUGAAACACUUGCUGCUUUGAACUCCACGGGUUUAGUUGUUCCAACAGAGGCUCUUCACCAUUGAUAGAGUUGUUAUAGGUUAGCAUGUGCGAUAUAGUUUCUAUCCAUUGUUCUUUACAUUGUAAGGAGAUUUUGGUAUUAGUUUCAAAAGAUAAUAUUUAUAUUAUUUUGGAUGUAUUGAAUUGUGAAUGCAAGCCUGAUACUAGUUUAUUCUAUGAAACAUAAUCUAAUAUUCUUUUAUCUUA